AUGUCCUCCCCGGCCGUGAGCAGAGCACCCCCAAAGUUGGGCUCCAAGGCCGGAACCCCCGCCAAAGCCCGCAAAGGGUCUGGGUCCAGCGCAGCCAGCAAGCCCAGCGCCCCAGCAAGCCCCAAGUCCACAAGGAAGGUCACAUCUCGCAAACUUUCCCAAAAGACCCCUGAGCCAAUCGAAGACGAUAUCGAAGAACAGUCAAUCCCAGAGACCCCCUCUCCGAAAUCGAAGAAGAGAUCCGAGCAGCGCCGCCCAAUCUCCCCACCCGACGACGCUGCCUCCCAGGCUCCAUCCGCCUCCGGCUCCGCUGCCCCUCUCGGUCGUGCUGCAUCCGGUGUCGCUGGUAAGGCUAAGGGCCUUGCUGGCCAGACCAAGGAGAGUGCUCAACAGACCUCGGAAACCGUUCAGGAUGGGGCUAAGUCUGCUACCAAGACUGCUACCGAUAAGCUGCCUGUGCCGCUCGACCUCUCUGCAUUGAAGGGGCUUGAGAUCGCCGAGGGUGGAAAUAUCAUGGGCCAGGAUGGAAACCCCAUUGGCAAGGUUGUGGAGGGAGAUCCUGAAGAUCUCGUUGGACAGAUUGUCGGCGAUGACGGGGAGAUUGUCGAUGAGGACGGCGACCUGAUUGGUCGCGUCGAUAUCCUGCAUGAGGUCGCCGACCAGGCUAAAGGUGCCGCCGACGAAGCCCAAUCUAACGUCGGCAACGUUGAUGUCGAUAAUCCCGUUACGGAUAUCGCUCAGCUUGAAGGUCUCCCUGUGUCUGAUGGCGGUGUUAUUAAGGACGCUGCUGGUCAAAUUGUUGGCCGCAUUGUUGAAGGUGACCCAGAAGAUCUUAUUGGGUAUACCCUCAACGAUGAUGGUGAGAUCGUCGAUGAAGAAGGGGAUGCCAUUGGCCGUGUCGACUUGAUUCCUGUUGAGGAGCAAAAGAAGGCCAUUGGGGAGACCGCUGGUGAUGUCACUGAGAAAGUUGACGACGCCAAGGAUGAUGUCGAGGAUCAGUAUGAAGAUGCUGAUGAUGGUCUUUCAACCGUUCAGGCUAAGAGCACCGUCAAUGGUGUCGCUGAUGAGGUGGAGGACGAUGUCUCCGAUGUGGAAGGAACUGUCGACCAGGCCAAGUCUACCGGACAAGAUGCUGCCUCUGAUGCCGAAGACGCCACCGAUGAGGUCGACGAUGCCAAGCACACCGCUAAAGACAGCAAAAUUAACCUCGAAGACAAUGUUGAAGGCGCCAAGGGCAAUACCGAAAAGAUGACCGAAGGCGUCGAGGAUACCACAGGAGAUGCCAAGGACUCAGUCGACAACACCGCCGAAGACGCCCAGGAUGACCUUGACGACAACCUUAAGGGCGGCAAAGACAAAGCCGAAGAGGCCAAAGACACUGUCGGGGAUCCUGUUGAAGACGCCCAGGAUGAUCUUGACGACGACCUUGAGGGCGCCAAAGACAAAGCCGAAGAGGCAAAAGACACUGUCGGGGACCCUGUUGAAGACGCCCAGGAUGAUCUUGACGACGACCUUGAGGGCGCCAAAGACAAAGCCGAAGAGGCAAAAGACACUGUCGGGGACCCUGCUGAAAACGCCCAGGAUGAUCUUGACGACAACCUCGAGGGCACUAAAGACAAAGCCGAAGAGGCCAAAGACAGUCUCGGCGAGGCUGCUGGGGACACCCAGGAUGAUCUUGACGAUAGCCUCGAAGGGGCUCAGGAUACUGCUGAAAAUGCCAAGGAGAAUGUCGGCGACGCCGCGGAAGACGCCCAGGAGACAGCCGAGGAUGCUGCCGAUGAUGUCGAGCAACGCCUCCCCAGCGUCAGCACUCUCGAGGGCAUGGUCUGCAACAAGCGUGGCUACAUCAUCGACAAAGCCACCGGCAAGCCUGUUGGUGAACUUAUCGAAGGUGAUCCCAAGAAACUGGCCAAACUCGGCUCCACCCUCGAUGACCAGGGCCAGUUCUGGGACAACCGCGGUAACGUGAUCGGCAAAGCGAAGGCCCUCCCCGUUGAAGAGGAUGAUGAUGAGGAGGGUCCCUUCUCCGGUCUAGAAGGCCUUGUCGUCGGCGAAGACGGCUUUGUCGAAGACGAGAACUCCAACCGAGUCGGCCGCCUGGUCGAAGGUGACGCGAAGAAACUGAGCGGCCGUGGCGUUGACGAGGAUGGUGAAAUCCUCGACCGAAAGGGUAACGUUAUUGGUCGUGCCGAGCGUCUCGAACCCGAGGAGGAAGAGCCCGAGGAGGAAGAGGCUGGACCUGAUUUCUCUGCUAUCAACGGCCGCUUCUGCAACAAAGCUGGCUACGUCAUCGGACCCGAGGGAUUCCCGAUCGCCCGUGUCGUCGAGGGUAAUCCCAAAGAGCUUGCUGGAAAGAAGAUUGAGGAUGGCGAGAUCUACGACGGCAAGAAGCUUGUCGGUCGUGUUGAGCUCAUUCCUGAUGAUGAACUAGAGAGCAAGCCUGAAGGUCCGUUCGCUGGCAUGGAGAGCCUGUUUGUGACCAAGGAUGGAUUCGUUGAGGAUGACGAAGGAUCCAUCGUUGGUAAGCUUGUCGAAGGUGAUGCCAAGAAGCUUCGUGGUCGUGCUGUCGAUGAGGACGGCGAGAUCACCGACAAGUACGGCAAUGUCAAGGGCCGUGCUGAGCCCUAUGAGCCCCCCGAGGAGGAGGCCCCCGCCGAGGAAGACUUGUCUAUCCUUGAGGGUAAGGUUGUCAACAAGUCUGGCAAUGUGGUUGAUCCUGCUACUGGUGCUGUCGUCGGACGCAUUGUCGAAGGCGAUAAGCGCCUUGCUGGACGCAAGGUUGACGGCAAAGGCCAGAUCUGGGGUGACAAUGGGCAGAUUAUCGGCCGCGCCGAGCUGAUUCCCGGUGCCGAGCAGAGCAAGGCCGAAGGGCCAUUCUACGGUUUCGACAACGCUGUUAUUGGCAAGGAUGGUGUCGUUCAGGACGGCGAGAAGAUCAUCGGACGUUUGAUCGAAGGCGACGCGAAGCGUCUUCUAGGCCGCAAGGUCGAUGAGGAUGGUGAUGUUGUCGACAAGAACGGCAACACAAUCGGCAAGGCUGAGCGUUGGGAGCCCGAGGAAAAGAAGCGCGAUGUCAACCCCAUGUCUGGCCGCAAGAUCACCAAGGAGGGAGAAGUUCGCGAUACGGACGGAAACCUCAUUGGCAAGCUGACUGCGGGCAACCUGGCCACACUGGUUGGCAAGACUGUUGACGACAACGGCUAUGUUGUUGAUAACGACGGCAACAAGAUCGGCGAGUGUACAUUGCUUGAGAACAUCCCCGAGCCUGAGCCUGAGCCCGAGCCCGAGGAGGAGGAAGAGGAGGGUCCCACCCCGGAAGAGCAGGAGGCAGCCGCAAAGGCCGAGUCAGACCGCCAGCUCGCCGAGAAGAUGGUGUCCAUCCUCAAGCAGACUCUUGACCGAGUCAAGCCUGUCUGCAAGCAGAUCGAGGAGGCCUGCGAGAAAGCCGACCGCACUCCGAAGGAAGAGCUUGAUGAGGAGAAGCUCGUUCAAACUGUCAAGCCGCUUCUCGAAGAAGGCGGCCGCAUUCUGCAAGAGUGCAAUGGAGCCAUCCGCGCACUCGACCCUGACGGGCGCAUCGCCGCGACCGCCAAGGCGCGCGCUGCCUCUCGUGAUGCCACGCCUGAGGAGUAUCAGCUUGCCGACUUGAUCAAGGAGCUCACAGAGACAGUCAUGAAGACUAUUGAUAACGGCAAGAAGCGCAUUGCUGACAUGCCCCAUGCCAAGAAGAAGCUGAACCCUCUUUGGGGACUGCUCUCUGAGCCACUCUUCCAGAUCAUUGCUGCCGUUGGCUUGUUGCUCAAUGGUGUGCUCGGAUUGGUUGGUCGUUUGCUUGAUGGUCUUGGUCUUGGUGGAUUGUUGAAUGGUCUGCUUGGCAGUCUCGGAUUGGACAGGUUGAUUGAUGGACUUGGUCUCGGCAGCUUGACUGAUGCUCUGGGCCUGGGCGGGAAGAAAUGA